AUGUUUAACUUACAAACAGGACCGAAAGAAGUAUUUCCAUACAACUACUACAGCAGUGUUUUGUUAGCAAAUGACAACAGAACUGGUGUCAUUUCUGAAGCAUGUAAGUUUAUCCGGGAUGCAGAUACAUUCAUGAAAAACAUAGAUUCCAUCAAAGGUUGCAGAAUAGAUGAGAACCACUUCGACUUAGAAAAGUAUAGCACAUUUUAUUGCAAACAAGAUGUAAGAAUUUUAAGAGAAGGUUUUGUUAAGUUCCGCAAUGACAUAUUGAAAGAAUUUGAUUUAAACGUUUAUGACUACGUUAGUAUUUGUUCAAUUGCUAACAAAUUAUUUGAGAACAGAGUGUACUUCCCGAAUGGAAAUUUAUAUGACCUCUCAAAUAAACCAAGAGAAUUUAUUUCACGCUGUAUUCAAGGUGGAAGAUGUAUGUUGUCAGAUAACAUGAAACAAAAGAGUAAAGAGAAACUCAUUGCUGAUUUCGACGCUGUUUCAUUAUAUCCAUCAGCUAUCGCGAGACUUUAUACUUUAGAAGGUAUUCCAAAGGUUAUGAAGAAAGAAAUGUUAAGCACAGAGUAUCUCAUGAGACAUUUAUUCGAUGACGACCAAAAGGAACCCAUUG